CCGCUUGUCCAUGAAACGGACUCAAGGACUGUAAUCAAAGCGUUAACGAGAGACAGGAAGAGGCACGAAGACGAGGGAUACGUCACGCAGAAGAAUAGCUACCUUGCGAGAGCGACUGUUGCGGCACUACGCGCUAGGACAACGGUGACGGCGAUGCGAUGGGUGAAAGGACACAGCGGCCUUGAACUCAACGAAGGGGCGGACAGACUGGCGGCCAAGGGAGCCGAAAUGGGCCAGAUGGAAGACCUAGAUUUCACGAUACCGCAUGAGCUAUGGCUGUCGGGCGCAAAGCUGAGCGCAAUGACGCAAAAGCUGGCAUAUAAGGCAAUAAGGCAGAGGAAAGCACGUACAGCGAAACAGAGACCGAGCACGGUUAGAAAUCUCGCAGUAAUCAAGACAGAGAUUAGCGAGAAAUUUGGCAGGGAAGUAACGAAUGAAAUGAUAUGGCUGUCACUCACAAAUGAUAGCAUCUCGAGAGAGUGCAGACAGUUCAUGUGGAGAGCAAUACACGACAGCUUCAUGGUCGGAAGACACUGGCAACGGGCGAGCAUGUCGAAUGAGCUGCAAGAAAGAGCAACAUGCGGUACUUGCGGCGAGCUCGAGUCAAUGGAGCACAUCCUCACCGAAUGCAAGGCCGAGGGUAGAGAGUUAAUCUGGAGAUUGCUGCGAGAGCUGUGGGAG